AUGGCAGAAGGGGAUAUCACCACUUUCAGUGCUGUGACUGAGAAGUUUAACCUCCCAAUGGGAAACUACAAGCAACCAAAGCUUCUAUACUGCAGAAAUGGAGGAUACUUCUUGCGCAUACUUCCAGAUGGAGUGGUGGAUGGAACAAGAGACCGAGAUGACCUCAACAUUCAGUUGCAGCUAAGCACAGAAAGCAUUGGUGUGGUUUAUAUCAAGAAUGCUGAUACUGAGAAUUACUUGGCUAUGAAUGAAAAUGGCCUUUUAUAUGGAUCAAUGACAGUGAAUGAGGAAUGCCUGUUUUUGGAGACUAUAGAGGAGAAUAACUACAAUACAUACAAGUCAAAGAAAUACUCUGAUUUGAACUGGUUUGUUGGCAUUAAGAAGAAUGGGACGUGCAAGCGUGGUUCACGGACUCACUACGGCCAAAACGCCAUCCUGUUCCUUCCAUUAUCAGUGUCAAGUGACUAG